AUGUCUUCCAGCACCUCAAACGCGCUCCCCAUCCACCUCUCCCCACCUCUCACCGGUCGAGAAGCGAUCUCCGACGCUUUAUACCGGUGCAUUGAGGGCAUCGACACAAACAACAAACCCCUCUUCGACUCCUCCUUCACAGAAACCGCAACUCUCGAAGUAAACGGGGCCGUCUCCGAGGGUCUCGCAGCAAUCCAUGCCAACUGCUUUAAUGUCAUCGGACCAAAAACCACGACGCAUUUUGUGUCGAACGUUCGGAUUCAUAUUGACGAGAGCGGGGAGAAGGCCACCAUGAGGGCUUAUGCGCUGGCACAGCACUAUCGCGAGGGUGAGGGGUUAAAGGGGGAUCAGGAGAGGCUUUUGACGGGAAAUUCUUAUUACCUUGAGGUGGUUAGGGAGACUGGUGUGGCAGAGGGUGAGUUUUGGAGGAUUGAGACGUUUGUUGUCAAGAGUUCGUGGGCGGAGGGGGUAUGGGGGGUCUUGAAGGCGGCUUGA